CGGAGCUGGAGGUGUUGCUAAACCCCCUGUUCUGGAGAAAGUAUGGCCGACUAAUUGUACAGUGUGCAAGCUGAAAAAGUAUUCGUUUUCGAAUAAGAUAAGCGAGUAAAACAUGUCAGCAUUUAUUUUAGUUAGACCUUUCCAUUUAGCAACAAGAACUUAUCUGAAUUCUGCCCGGCCACUUCUACGUAAUUUAUAUCACACAGAGAGAGGCGUCUACGGAUACAAACCAAAGAGGACUGACACAGACCCUAAAUUGAUCAAGAACGAACAUAUCUCUGCACAUGAUCAAGAUCAUGGGUUGGCACGGCUGGUCGAGGCAUACCGAACUCAUGGGCAUAAGGCAGCAAAGAUUAACCCCUUAUUCACUGGGCAGGCAGUGAUGGACAUGGUGCCUGAAAUCAGUUACUUAACUGAGGUGCUUCAUGGGCCUUUCAAUACAAGCACCUUAACUCACUUUGGGAAAGGAGAGGCCUCACUGGAAAAUGUCUUGGCAUACCUGGACCAUACCUACUGUGGCCACAUCAGUAUCGAGACCAGCCAGCUGCAAAGCCUGGAGGAGAGAGAGUGGUUUGCCAGCAGGUUUGAGGAACUAAAGAAGGAAACUUUCUCCCCUGAAGAGAGGAGACAACUGGCCAAGCUCAUGCUGGAAUCUCAGGAAUUUGACCACUUCUUGGCCACUAAGUUUGCAACAGUAAAGAGGUAUGGGGGGGAAGGAGCAGAGAGCAUGAUGGGAUUCUUCCAUGAGCUGUUCCGCAGCGUGUCGUACAGUGGAGUGACGGACGUGAUCAUGGGCAUGCCUCAUCGCGGGAGACUCAACCUGCUCACUGGGCUCCUGCAGUUUCCACCGGAGCUUAUGUUUCGUAAGAUGAGGGGUCUCAGCGAGUUUCCCGAGAACUCCCCAUCCAUUGGAGACGUGUUGUCCCACCUAACCUCCUCCGUAGAUCUGGAUUUUGGUUCGGGACACCCUCUCCAUGUCACUAUGCUGCCCAACCCCUCGCACCUGGAGGCUAUCAACCCUGUCACAGUGGGCAAGACCAGAGGAAGACAGCAGUCCAAGAAGGAUGGGGACUACUCUCCAGACAGCAGCGGUCAGCCUGGGGACAAAGUCAUCUGUCUGCAGGUUCACGGGGACGCGUCCUUCUCGGGCCAAGGAAUCGUUGCAGAGACGUUCACCAUUUCGAACCUCCCUCACUUCCGGGUGGGGGGCAGCAUUCACCUGAUCGUGAAUAACCAAGUGGGCUACACCACUCCCGCCGAAAGGGGCAGAUCCUCGCUGUACUGCAGCGAUAUCGGCAAGAUGGUGGGCUGUGCCGUGAUCCACGUCAACGGGGACGACGCGGAGGAGGUGCUGCGGGCCACCCGGCUGGCAGUGGAGUACCAGCGGCGCUUCCGCAGGGACGUGAUUGUCGACCUGCUGUGCUACCGGCAGUGGGGACACAACGAGCUGGACGAGCCUUUCUUCACGAACCCCGCCAUGUACAAGAUCAUCAGAUCCAGAAAGAGUAUUCCCGACUCCUAUUCGGACCUGCUGAUAACAGAAGGGCUCAUGACCGAGCAGGAGAGGGCUGAGAUUAAGAGUGCCCACUACUCCCAGCUGAAUGAGCGCUUGGCUAACAUGACGCUCUACAGCCCACCCCCCACCAACCUGCAGGGGCACUGGCAAGACCUGGUGGAGCCCCAGGCAAAGAUCAGCACCUGGGACACAGGCGUCCCUACAGAGCUGCUUCAGUUUGUGGGAGCCAAGUCUGUGAGCAUCCCUGAGGAGAUCCAGCUGCACAGCCACCUUAACAAGACACACGUUCAGGCCAGACUUCAGAAACUAGAGGAGGGCAUGAAACUUGAUUGGUCUACAGCUGAGGCCUUGGCGUUCGGUUCCCUUCUGUGUCAAGGCUUCAAUAUCCGCAUCAGCGGGCAGGAUGUCGGACGCGGCACUUUCAGUCAGCGCCAUGCCAUGGUUGUGUGCCAGGAGUCCAAUGACAUGUACAUCCCUCUGAAUCACAUCAUGCCAGAGCAGAAUGGAUUCUUAGAGGUUUGUAACAGUGCUCUGUCGGAAGAAGCUGUGCUCGGGUUUGAGUAUGGAAUGAGUAUUGAAAGCCCGAAGCUUUUGCCAAUAUGGGAAGCCCAAUUUGGAGACUUCUUUAAUGGAGCUCAGAUCAUAUUUGACACGUUCAUCUCUGGAGGUGAGGCUAAAUGGCUCCUUCAGAGUGGUAUGGUCAUCCUCCUGCCUCAUGGCUAUGAUGGUGCUGGCCCGGAGCACUCCUCCUGUCGCAUCGAGAGGUUUCUGCAGCUGUGCGACAGUAAGGAGGAAGGUGUAGAUGGGGACAACGUCAACAUGUCUGUGGUCAAUCCCACCACCCCAGCACAGUAUUUCCACCUUCUGCGUCGGCAGAUGAUUAGAAAUUUCCGAAAGUCCCUCAUUGUAGCUUCGCCAAAGAUGCUGCUCCGAUUCUCGGGUGCUGUGUCAAGCUUGGCAGAAAUGGCCUCAGGAACAACAUUCAGACCUGUUUUUGGUGAUCCUUCUGUGAAUCCCAGCAAUGUGAGGCGCGUGGUGCUGUGCAGUGGAAAACACUAUUACGCCCUGCUGAAACAGAGAGAGGCGUCCGGGGAGGCCCAGCAGAACACGGCCCUGAUCCGGCUGGAGGAGCUGUGCCCUUUCCCUCUGGAGGCUCUGCAGCAGGAGCUCAGCAAGUACCGCCAAGUCAAAGAUUUUAUCUGGAGUCAAGAAGAGCCUCAGAAUAUGGGACCUUGGUCUUUUGUAGCACCCAGAUUUGAAAAGCAGUUAGCCUGUAAGCUGCGGCUGGUCAGCAGGCCUCCUCUGCCUGCUCCGGCUGUGGGGAUCGGGACGCUGCACCAUCAGCAGCAGGAGGCCAUUCUCACCAGCUCCUUCGCCUGAGGGACAGCUGGAGCGCGCCGAGCCUGCUCCUCGAGACGAGAAGCAGGGGUCUCAGGGUUGACGGAACGGAAACGGAAUCUGUUUUUCUGUCUUUUUUUUUUUUUAAAUCAACCAUUUGAAGUGUAGGUGGUGAAUGAAACGCAUACAGUAGGAGUACCGGGGGGGUUGUCUUCAGUCGCUAACAAUAAAGGGUGCAGGUAACUGGUCUCCAGGUUGCUUGGGACCAGCAGUGAAAAGUGCUCAAGGAAAUGGUUAAAGGUUCAGCUGAAGAAAGACCAUGGUCUUUCCUCCUGCCCUGUUUAAAUAAAAACUCCUUUUCCCUUUCGUUGUGUGCAUUGGAGAAAGACAGUCGCAACUUUCCCCCAUUGUUAUAGCAGGAGCUUCAGCCAAUGAAGAAAUACUGAAAAAAUAACCGUAAUCUGUUACAUUACAUUAAUCAAAAUGUUUAUUCAAAAUGCUGCCUAUAUCACAUGCUUCUCCCAUCUUCUUUAAUUUGCAGAAAACAAUUAUUGUGCAUUAAAGAAUGGAUCUUUAAUUAACAUCCCAACAAACAAAAACAACUUUUUUUGUUUUAUAAACCUAACUCUUUAGAAAUGGGGUUUGUUAAUGUAACCCAGUAAGCUUUCCAUGGCACGUAAGUUGCUGUUACGAUGGUACAGAAAUCUAUAUCCAAAUUGUACAUAAUCAAGCUGUGCAUCAUUGAUGACUAAGAAAACUACAUGCCAGUAGGCUGUGUGUUUCCUCUGGUGUAAUAUACUGUAUUUAAAUGGAAGCUGAAUGAAUUGUGUUUUCACCUUGUGUUGGUAUGAAUGUGGCUGGCGGUUGUGACUCGCCUCACUGGACCUUCCGUACUAGAUACGUUUUCUCAAAAAAACCUGGAUCCUAAGUAUGGUUUUGGAGGAAACAACCAUGCAGACCAAAGGCUUUCAGCACCUAGUUAGUUCCCAUUGCAUUUCAAGGAGUUCAUUGCAUUGUAGCAGGCUAUUGGUGGAAAAUCAAAUUAAGAAAACAGCACUUUUAACUGUGAUUACAGGUAAUGUAAUACCUGUGCACAUGUUUGACCCACACAAUAUUUGAGAAAAUUUGUUGAUUUUACCUUUGCAGGCAUCUGUUGUUAAUUCCUGGCUAUGAUCUGGGUUAAAUGACUGAUCACACUUUUUUACUAGUUGCUUGAUGCAGGGAAAUGGCUAAGGGAAAAUCUUCAUCCUUUUUGAUGUAUAGUAAAAUCUGGAUGUUUACAUUUCAGUGCAUCCGAAAGUAUUUGUAUUAAUAGCAAAUGUCUUUUUUUUCCUAAAAAAAAUCAUUUUCAAAGAUUUGUGAAUUCAAUCUUAUUAUAUUGAAGACUAUAAAGCUUUUGCAUUUGAUUUAUUUUUUAGAAAAAGCAGAUAAUCUACCACUUACUUAAGACAUCAAAAAUGGACAUUAAAGUUGUACACAGCUUUUAGAAUAUCAAGUGGUAUGUCAUAACGCUGUUCUGUGUUGUAGUUUACAUUCUGCGUUGCAUGCAUUUUAAUUCGUUCUGGAGGGGAAAGCACAAUAAACUUCAUACAGAUUUGACAGA